AUGCCCGACUUCUACUACGCCAGCAUGUCCCCGCCCUGCCGAGCCGCCCACUUGGUAGCGAAGGCCGUGGGCGUCGACCUCAACCUCAAACCCAUUGACCUGUCGAAGGGAGAGCACAAGAACCCCGAUUUUGUGGCCAUCAACCCCCAGCAUUGCGUCCCGACCCUCGUGGACGGAGAUCUCACGCUGUGGGAGAGUCGCGCCAUCUGCACGUACCUGGCCUCGCAAUACGGAAAGAAUGACAGCUUCUACCCAACCGACCCCAAAACACGUGCCAAGAUCGAACGUUUCCUCUAUUUCGAUAUGGGAACUCUUUACGAUCGCUUUGGCAAAUAUGCGUACCCCGUCCUGUUCAGCGGCGAGCGCCCCGACCCCGCCAAGCUGGAGAACCUGCACGAGGCCCUCGGCUGGCUGAACGACUUCAUCGCCGGCAGCAGCUGGGCGGUGGGAGAGAGCUACACCGUCGCCGACUGCGUCCUCGUGGCCUCCGUCUCCAGCUUCGAGGCGGCGGGCAUUGACCUCAGUCGCUACAGCAGGAUAACGACCUGGCUGGAGAAGUGCAAGACCUCUCUGCCGGGUUAUGACGAGGUCAGUGCCCAGGGCCUCGCCAUCUUCACCGGAUUUGCCAAGGAGGCGCUGAGCAAAUAG